AUGUCGACCUGUCGACCUGUCGACCUGGUCCAGGAUCCGGUGGCCAAGCCCAACAUGCGCGGCCCCAGCAAGCGUGGUGCAGGGGCCUUCUUCGAUAGCAAGGUGACCCAGGAGUUCCUGAAAGUGAACAAGCUGAAGGUCUUAUUGCGGUCUCAUGAGAAGCGUCAAGAGGGUGCCGUGCUCGAAAUUCUGGGGUUUGGCUUUACGGAAGGGGUAUAG